AUGGAAAACGGAAAGAUUGCUGACAACCAAAUAACUGCUUCCUCAGAAAAGCUUAACUAUAAAGCCGUUCAAGCAAGAUUACGUUAUAAAAAUCGAGGAAGACCUUUCGGCUGGCAACCUAAAAACAGUAGGCGCACUGAAUGGUUGCAAGUUGAUCUUCUUGACAAUUACAUAGUAACGGGAGUAGCAACUCAAGGUUGCUUGCCAGUCAAUCCCAAUUCAAAACUUGUUUUCACGGUAACCAAAUACCAACUAGAAUACAGCAAUGAUGGUAAAGUGUUUUCUACCAAUCAUAAGGUAAGUUUAUUUCGUUUUUCUUGACAAUAUCCCAAAGCUGUUAUAUUUUUCUUUAGAGUUCAAAGCUGAAAUACUUUUGUCUAAGCGUCAAUUAUGUGAAAGUACCUUUUUGGAAGACAAGAAAGCGUGUUUUGAUGAUCAAGUCACUGGUUUUCCAGGGGGAAUUUAGAAUAGCAAGAGAAAAGUAGAAGUUAUAUUCCGUGUUUAUUAAAGGAUGGCUGUUAUCACCAAUGACUAUAGAGCAACAGAUGAAUACAUCGUUUGCAGUGAAAUACUAUGUAUAUUAAAAGUCAAAUAACUCAGGAAACGGAUUCGUUGUUAACGUCAAGAUUUCAUGAGUGGAGAUAUCUGAGCAAACCUAAGACCCAAAAGCAACCAACAACCUAAGACCUAUGACUCGGCGGACCUGAAUUAAGUCUCAUAAAAUCAUUUAAAUGACUUAAUAUUUUAAAAAUUUAUUAUCGUAAAGUACUUAAUUUAUUUAAGUUUUUAUUCACGUGUUUAAUUAGAUUAAAUUCUCGCCUGAGGGAUUAAGAACCGACAGAAAUAAACAUCUUUCUUUCACACUCAGUGAUCUUAGUGUUUUAAGCAAUCUGUUUGGUUCGCUCUUUCUGACUAUUCAGAAAUUAUCUCCUAACGAGUGGCUAAGGUGUAAGCUGACUAAGGUCGGUGAUUUGCAGAUUUUUAAGCGUAAGAACCCUUCUGAAAAAUUGGACAAAAUCAUAGGGCUGAUGUUUUUGGAGGUAGGAGAAGACUCUAAAGUAUUUAAAAGGAUCUACUUUAGCAGAAUUUUUCUCCCGAUGGAAUGUUUACAUUUACAAUUUACCGAGAGAGAAUGAGCUAGGAGAGCGAAUCCCUGUGCCCCAUAAUAUAAUAUUUUUUUUAAAAUCUAUUUAAAGUUCGCGCGCGUGCUGCGAAGGUCAUUUUUGUCUGUUGUUUCCGUGACCCGCGUGGUCUACUUUCAAGUGAACGUGACCAUGUUUCGCCGCCAAACAUUUGAAGUUUGGCAGCCAUUAUAGUAAUUAGCGCCAGGAGCCGUUACUCCUGUUGUUUACAUGUUUUUGAUCAGCGCGUUCCUCUCUUAAUCAGGAAUGAAUUUCAUUUACAAAGGGAUUGCAGUAUUGGAGUUAACAUUUCACUUUGAGAUUAAAGACUGAGGUUUUCUAACGAAUGGUAGCGUCAUUUAAAGUAACGAAUAUUGAAUUCUGACACAGUGUGAAAGCCAAAGGCAAAGGUUAUCACGCGCGUAUAAGUGGCUGGCUUCAAUUGUUUAUGCAAUGUGCAAGAUAUUUUUUCUCUUUUUCCAGGAAUAUUUUUCGUUCAGAAACAGUGCAUUUGCUUUUAAGAAUUAUUCUGGAGAGAGUUUCAAACUGCAUUACUUCUCCUUAACGUCCAAUACUUGCGAUGAAUAAUUCGCUGUGCGAACACAACCCAGGUUAGAUGCUUUAAGGUGUUAAACAGUCGCUAACCUGGGUGCCUUCAGAGACUUUUCAUCCGCGGUUUCCGGUUUCGGUCAACUCUUUAUAGUGAGCGUUGUGCUCACAUUUGUUCAGCGCAUUCUCAAAGUUCAAAUGUUUGGCGGCCAAACAUUCAUGUUUGAACCCACUUUGAACCUAUUUUCUCGUCACGUGUCCACGGUUGGAUCAAAGCUGUGCAACCAUGGAGUUAUGGAUGCACUUGGGAGGUUUGCUAGGCACUCAAGAAGCUAGAGUCACACUCGGCUAUCGCCUCGUGCGACUUUUACGCUUCUUUCGUGCUUAGCAACCUCCCACGUGCAUCCAUAACUCCAUGGUUGCAAAGCUGCAACGUUUACCAUUUCUUUUAUAACAUAAUCAAUCGUUGCCUCAGCCCGCUCGCCACCCCGCCUCCGGCUUCGCCGAACACUCUCUCGUUCGCUUGCCACUCGAGGUUGCUCCCAGUUAUAAUAACUCUUAUAACAUUUCUUGGUGGUUGUGCGCGUUCGCUAUGGGUGAGGGCUAACUUGCUCAUAUUUACCAACAAAGCUUCAAUCGAUGUUGAUAUUGUUUAAUAAAAGUGAAAGCCUAGAAUGUGCCAAAGUUGUUGUUUUGAAGUUGGGUACCAUCCUUUUCUAUAUCCGAAUCCAUUUUAAACCUCUAAAAUUAUGAAAGAAGAUCUGAAUAGGCACAUUCCACUAAAGAUAAACGAAUUCGCUUCGUUGACACUUGCCGGAAGGUACCCCUAGUUAUAAGUUUUGGCUUCGUGGAGGUCAACGGUUAAAGUUGCAUCAUGACUUGGAUGGUUGCCCACUUCAGUCAAUGGCCUUCGGAAUGACGCGAUGGUAAAUUCGUUCCAUGUUGCAUGUACACGAUGCAAGCAAUAAAAUCAAAGCCUUUCCUUGAUACUUUCAGAAGAUCACAAAUGAUCGAUCUUUGACUUUUUUUUGCUAUGAAGCAAGCGAACCAACGCUUGUAGCCGAUGUGGCCGUCGUUAAAUUAUUAAAAACGGAAGUCAAGAUAUCAAAGGGGCAAACCAAGUAAUUUUCACCGCUUGCUCCUUUCAAACCAUGCAUUUUAUAAUUUCAAUUAUUUUCCGGCAAUUGAACUAAGCGAUUACUAUUGUCCCUUUUCUUCCAUUUCUGGCACGAAACCCACUAGUGCACGAUGUUAUAGCUAACUUUCAAAUGGCAAACCACAUUAGAUCGGGGUGGCGCAAUCAACUAAUCCGUCAACUUAGCGUCUGAUCUGACGGGUCGCAGGUGAGUCGGUUCAAACCCCGAAUAAAUAUUCUUCGAAUAAAUUAUGGUAUUUAUUGUAGCCGAAAGAACUCGAAGUACUCUCGAGAUAUCUGGAAGUAAUUCCGGUCCCACUUCGUGAAAUAGCCGAAACAAGCCGAAAAGUUACGAACUUGCGUACCCAAUCUCGUCCCAAAACUGGUGCAUGAUUUUAUAGCUAUUUUUCACAUUACAAACUAUCUUGGGUUGCAGUGGCGCAAUCGGCUAAUCCCUCAAGUUAGAGUCUCAUCUGAUCUGACGGGUCGCAGGUGUAUUGGUUCGAGACCCGGGCGAGUCAAAAAUAAGUAUUAUUUCUUCCCUGAGAGCUCGAAGUGAUCUCGAGAUAACUCAAACAAAUUCCACUCUCACUUCGUCAAAAUAACCGAAUUAAACUAAAAACUCACGGACAUUACUUGGCGCUCCGCCCAAGUAAUAAGAGCCAUUAUCUGAGAAAAUCGAGAAUCGCACGACACUCGUCAAAAAAUCGAAUUUUUUUUUAUUUUGCCAAAACAUCCCUUUUAGUGACCUUAUUUAAGGAAAAAUAGUUUUGGGUUCAAACGAUUCAUUUUAAAGGAGAAAUUAGGAAAAGUUUGAAAAAUCGAUUUUAUGCUCGUUUUUCGCACAAAACACGGCAGGAUGCAAUGGCAACUUCGAGAGAAGGGUGAACGCGUAAGAAACAUUCCCUGACAUUGAAACUUCACCGAAUUAUUAUUUUGUUCUUACUCUUGAAAAUCCUAAAAGAAAAUUUGAUAAACAAUGCUUUACAUUUUUAUAAUCGACAAGUGUAAAGAGGUCAUAUUUGUGACGUUAGACGUGCUAGAAAAUGAAGGCCAACUUUGACUAUUAAAAAAGGCCUCUGGUAUAUGCCGCUUGAUCAUAAAAUCAAUAUAAAAUGGAACCUUGGCUUUUGUACUAACUUACUGGAAAGUUUUAGCUCUGGAAAUCAAAUAUCAUCCUGACACCAAAGCAAGCGGUGAGAGCAAUUGAAUUGGGAAAUUUAUGCAAAUUAGACGGCUUGCGGACGGUUGUCAAACUAAAAGAAAGGUUUUACAUGAAAGGAUUACUCACCAUUGCUUGUAACACGUUUUUACGGCAAGGAAAGUUAUUUCCAACUUCUUUUGCGUCGUUUUGAGUCACAAAAUAUAUAAUUUUUAGCCAAAAGACAAACGUACGUUUGCUCAGCAACUGCGUCCGAAUCCGGCCGUGAAUCGAAAUAAAGUCACAACACGUCGAAGCAAGAGUUACAAGAGUUUUUACUUCAGUCAGGAGGCAAAAGGAAUAAAAAUUCAUCGCAAACUAAUGACUUCGAUUUUGAAAACCUUUCAUCACUUCAAUCGUUCGUCGGCUGAUAAUAAACAUCGCAUAAGAUCGUAUGACCUUUGGUGUGACCGGAAAUUGGUCACACGCUUUAGUCACGUCAUCAUGCUGUCACGAAAUUUUCGUAGCUGUUGUCAGCAAUUUUAAUACAGUUUUCACAUUUUUUGACAAGAAAUCCUCUCAUCGCAGUAGAAACAGCCAUGCAUAUUUAUUUUUCUUUUAUUUACCUACUAGGCUUUGAAACAGCUUUUUUGCCUUCGAAGUACUAAACAGGAGGGGUACCUCGGAUUCCAAGUGUCGUGAGUGAUCCGUGGAAGCGAAAAUUAAGACCAAAAAAGAACGAAUAUUUUGAAUACUUAAGUAAAGCCACAGCUAAAAAAAAAAAAUUGUUCAAAAUAUUUUCAAACUAAGAAAAAAACAUACUUCGAUCAUCCCCGUGACUUGGAAUCUGGCCAGAGUACCCCCUCCCCCUCCCCUCCUCCCCUAUGCCGGGUCAAAAUACUAAGUUCCCCCGGCCCAAUGUCCCAUAGUCAAGGGAGUAUACUCUCUUGCUGUAGUAAAGAACUUGCAGAAUAAUACCAAUUCUCCGUGGCCAACGGAUUCAACGCUACAGUUUACUUUUGGUUUUGCUUGUUGAUUUUUUCGCUAUUUGCUCACGAUCAGGAGCCUAUAACCCCAACCACGACCAAAUUAUGAAACCUGUUAUUACCAGAAAAAAAAAACACAAAGAAACAGUCAGUCAGAUAGACAGUACAUAAUUAAAAAGACCUCGACUAAGAUUAAAAAAAAUCAAUACAUGACACUGUCGAAUGCGAAAACCCAGAAACCAUUUUGUGGAAAAAAGGUUCGCAUACAGCUAUCAGCUGCUUUUGUCCACAACUCGCCGGUAGAGGUGCGCGGAAACUAGUGAUUGUGAAAUGGCUUCAAACUAUGAUCCUAUACUGUUGGAAUAUUACUUAUCACAGAAAGCUACACCUGAUUUCUUCUAGCAGACCCAAUCCUCUUGGUUCGUGUGGACAAAGUAGCUCAUCCCGGCUAUUUGCACCAUGCUACCAUAGUCUCCCUAGAUUCCCAAGCCUCGCAAGCAGACCUUCCUGUCCCACGAACGUUGGGUAGGAUUGUAGGACGAGCCAAAAGAAAGUGAAGGCUAUAGGCUCUCGCGAUGAUGCAAGGAAGGUCGAGUAUUAUAUUCCCCUAUCCUGGUCGCCCAGGGUAAGUCUGCGGAGGAGAGUGACUGAGGGGCUGUAUGUUCGAAAAGUUGACUAACGCCCCCGGGACUAACGCUUUCACCCUGCUUCUUCUUAUUCGCUUGAUAGUGAUUUCCUGUUGUUAAACGUUUGAACAACAGGGCCCUAAGUAUUGUGUUUCGUCUUGCACUAAAAACCCAUAAACCUUAUAAAUUUCACUAUGGGACUUCAACACCUCCCUUGAAUGAUCCAUUUCGCUAAACGGGACCUCAAAACAACGAUUCUGUGUAUCCUAAGGGAGUGUAUACUAUACUUUCCUGGCUCUCGUCACUCACAGUGAGGUGAUGGUGGCUUACACAGUCCAACCUCCAUGUGCGACUGCCAAUCCAAAAGACCAAAUUUUCCCAGUCAAAGCCUUACAGUUGGAACUUCCAGUAAACGACCACCUUCUGUAAGUGACUGCGACCACUUUUUGGGCGUCACGGUUAAUUGUUUUCCAUAAGCGACCAGUUGACGCAUUCUCUGCUCUCUAUUUUUGCUGUGUGCACUAUGUUCCUUAGAAAAUAUGAAGACCUUUAGCGACAUCGUGGAACUACACAUAUCCUAACUUAGUAGAUGUAGCCAACAAAGUGAAGAUUAUGUUGUGAUUCUAGACUAUUCUAUAUCUCACUCACCUGAAUCCCUCUUUAAAUUGAGCAUGAUUUAAAAGCUGUAUUUGUCAAAAGAGGUAAAAGAUAAUAUUUUGCCAGGAAUUUGUUACACCGCCAUUUAAUAGAAUGUGCCUGGACCUCUUCUCGGAAUAGACCCCAUGUGGUCCGAUUCUUCUAAACGACCACCUCCCGUUAGGGACCACUAAGUCUUUGCAUUUUUGGUGGUCGCUUACUGGAGGUACGACUGUAUUACUUUGACCUAUCAGAGGCUUACCGAUAAUAAAGGGGAUCUGGAAGGGGGCAUGGAUGCGACAAUCACAUGCAGGUCGCUUACUUAAAAUAGUAGACAUCUAACUGACAAUCAAAGUUUGUGCUUAUUAUUGGGGUUAUCUGGUGUUUACUCACCUCCCAAGCUACCCUGGGCGAGCCAACUUUUCCUCCAUUUCCUUACAAAACUUGGUAAACCAUUUACAUGAGAAACAAAAGGUUGGUUCGGAUAGACGCCUUACUACCAGUAGUGGGCGGAGUUGAGGGCUUCCGGAAGUCAGCCCUCCACUGAGCCGGUAGUGGUGGCCUCACCCUUCCAGCCCGGCUAAUAUUUCUCCACUUUGGCUCGCCCAGCUACAAUCGGCGACAAAAUGAGUUGAGACACUUCGCCCAAAAGUAGGCUUUUUUACGUUUUAUGAACUUCAAAAGGAGGAAAUAUAGCUUUCCUCCCCCAUCCCCUCCGUACAAUGUUGUGCCCUUGUUCUAGCUACCUAUAGAAAACAACAAACACCCCAACUUUGAAUGGAGGGGACAGGGGAGGGUGCGGAUUCGUUUGUUCUCCGAAGUCACCCUAUUUGUCUCAACAAUUUUGUCGCCGAUUGUAGUUGGGACAACACGGUCAAGGCUAGACAAAGACAGCAUGCGCAAGCACUGUUGACUCGGACAAAGUGGUCAGUUUUUUCCUCAUAUAAACGCUCGCAAAAGUUGGCUCGGCUGGGAGGUUGACCUUCUCUCCGGCACAGCUUUUCUCCAUCCAUGGGUUCCAAACAGUCUUUUAGCAGUCACGUUUGAAAUUUAUAGGAAAAUGAUGUAGCACUUCAAAAAAUAAUAAUAAUAAAAAUACACUUUUUUCACAGCCUGUCAAUGCCUAGAAGGUGUCUAUAAAAGAAAUCAACUGCAGAACAGGAGUCAAUUUCAGUUUUUUGCGCUUUUCACGCUAGCACUGCGAAGCGGACUGGGGGCGCGAGACACGCGCGAUGCAUGGGGAACAAGUUCUGCAGGCUAUAAAAGAAAUUAAAAAAUAAAUAAAUAAAUAAAGCAGGCCUGAUUUUAUUUCGAUGAGUCUAUUUUUUGUCGAAAGCAAACGUGAAAAAUCGUAUUAAAAUUCGUGACAGUAUGCUAACGUGACUUGAGGGUGUGACCGAUUUCCGGUCACACGCCAAAGGUCAUACGAUCUUGUGUGAUGUUUAUUAUCAGCCGGCGAACGAUUGAAGUGAUGAAAGGUUUUCAAAAUCGAAGUCAUUAGUUUGCGAUGAAUUUUCAAUCUUUUGGCCUCCUGACUGAAGUAAAAACUCUUGCAACUCUUGCUUCUAAAGGACCGCAGUGACGUGUUGUGACUUUAUUUCGAUUCACGGCCGGAUUCUGGCGCAGUCGCUGAGCAAACGUGCGUUUGUCUUUUGGACCUUUUGGCUUAAAAUUAUGGAUUUUGUGACUCAAACCGACGCAACAGAAGUUGGAAAUAACUUUCCUUGCCGUAAAAACGUGUUACAAGCAAUGGUGAGUAAUCCUUUCAUGUAAAACCUUUCUUUUAGUUUGACAACCGUCCGCAAGCCGUCUAAUUUGCAUAAAUUUCCCAAUUCAAUUGCUCUCACCGCUUGCUUUGGUGUCAGGAUGAUAUUUGAUUUCCAGAGCUAAAACUUUCCAGUAAGUUAGUACAAAAGCCAAGGUUCCAUUUUAUAUUGAUUUUAUGAUCAAGCGGCAUAUACCAGAGGCCUUUUUUAAUAGUCAAAGUUGGCCUUCGUUUUCUAGCAUGUCUAACGUCACAAAUAUGACCUCUUUAGACUUGUCGAUUAUAAAAAUAUAAGACAUUGUUUUUCAAUUUUUCUUCUAAGGUUUUCAAGAGUAAGAACAAAAUAAUAAUUCGGUGAAGUUUCAGUGUCAGGGAAUGUUUCUUACGCGUUCACCCUUCUCUCGAAGUUGCCAUUGCAUCCUGCCGUGUUUUGUUCGAAAAACAGGAAUAAAAUCGAUUUUUUAAACUUUUUUUAAUUUCUCCUUUAAAAUGAAUCGUUUGAACCCAAAACUAUUUUUCCUUAAAUUAGGUCACUAAAAGGGAUGUUUUGGCAAAAUAAUAAAAAAUUCGCUUUUUUGACGAGUGUCUUGCGGUUCUCGAUUUUCUCAGAAAAUGGCUCAUAAGGUAGCAAGAAGGGUGUUAUAACCUCUCAAUGCAAAAAAAAAAAAUAAAAAAACACGUAAAAACGUAAUUACUGCACUUGUCUUGAGAUAACAGUUGAAUUUCUCUGUUUGAAUCCGAAUGUUUCCCAAUGUUCAUUGUUAGUGUUCAUUUCCGUACACUACCAUAUGCUGCUACCUGCAAUAUUUCUAUCUUAGGGUACGCAAAUGAACGAUCUAUUCAUUUACCAAAGCACGUUAGAAUAAUUGACACCGUAGUACCCUAUAGUAAACAGAGGAGAUUGUCAGAUAACUUGAAAGUUAAUCUAUUUUCUCUGGAUUCUCUAAGGCCCUGUUUACAAGGAGGGAGGGUAACCCUGGCUAGCACUCGCACAUUUCUUCUUUUUUUAGUUGUCGUGUUUACAAGGCAGGGAGGGUUACCCUAGCGAGAGGGUUACCCUACCUGCCUUGUAAACGUUCUGCUAGGAAUAACUCGCCUACCCGGGACAACUUUCCUCCGUCAAGAGUGACCAGUAAUUUUGACAAUUUGAACGGAGUUAUCCAAUUUCUGGUUAAAUUGUAAACAUCUGAGCACUAUAAGUUAUUUUCUGCAUACGAUGAUAAUAUUUACCCGUGUUGACCUUGGACGUUACAGAGAAUGUCACGCAUUAUGAAACAAGUCAGUAAAGUUGGUAAAGUUGACCCGGGUGAUAGGGUAACCCUACCUGUGAAAUUUGCUUGUAAACCAGACAAGGCUAACCGUUUACCCCGCUUGCUAGGGUAACCCUAGCGCAAGGGUAACCCUCUCUCCUUGUAAACAGGCCUUAAUAUUCUGUUUUCCCUUAAUUAGUUAUAUAAAGGAAACACAGACGAGAGCACAGUCGAAUAUCACACCUUGGAGACACCAAUCAAGGCGCGCUACAUUCGCUUCCGACCAAAGUCUUGGAAAAAAAAGAUAUGCAUGAGAGUGGAACUCUAUGGCAAUAUCGCAAAAGGUACUCCAGUUAAUUAUGUUUCACUGGCAAUUUUUUUCUUUGUAAACUAUAUGUAA